AUGGAUCAAGAAGAUAACGAAACCACGAGCAGGGAAGAGCAAGAAGAAGCAUUGGUCGCUUUGAUCGAACACCGAACUCACGAAGUUAGCUCUCUCCGUAAGCGUAUCGCCUAUUACAAAACUCAGCUUGAUGGUGCGGAAGAGAGGUUGAAGGAUUCAGAAUCGAAAUUGGCUCGAUUACGAGGUCAAAGUAAUUCAGUUAAAUCUGUAACUAGAAAUGUAACUAACUUAGAUAAUGGUGAUAACGGUGAUGGAGUUGUUGCUGUGAAGAAAGAGCGGAGAUCAAAUAGUCCUGUUGAUAGGAAUGAGCGUUCUUACAAAAGUUCUGGUUCUGAAUCUACUCCGCAGGUUCAUACUCCGGUUAGUGGAGGAAAAUCUGAUAAAUCUCGUAAAGAGCAGCAGGUUGUAGGGAAUAAAAGGAAACUCGAAGUGAAAGAACACAAGGAAUUGAUUCCUUUAUUACGAAAGAGUUCUAUGGUGAAUUUAAUACACUGCGAAACAAGCAACCUUAUCUCAAGUCAGCACAAGAGGAAAUUGCGGAGUAUUGCUUUGUGUCCCGUGAAUGAUCAGCUUUUUGUGACCAGUGCCUUGGACGGAGUGGUCAACUUCUGGCAAGUACAAGCUAGAGGAUCAGGAGCCUCUCUGCUUAACUCUUCUGAUUGUGCAUCCCAAAAACAGAGGAGAUGGCCAGAAGAUAUAGCUUGGCACCCGGAAGGGAGCAGGCUCUUUUCGGCAUAUACUGCUGACAGUGGAGACUCACAAAUAUCAGUUACAAAUCUGAAUAAAGUACAAGGGCAACAACGUGUGAAAUUCUUAGAGGACAAGCCCCAUCUCAAGGGAAUUAUCAAUGGCAUUGUUUUUAUGCCCUGGGAAGAUACAUGCUUUGUAACUGGUGGAAGUGACCAUGCUGUUGUACUUUGGCGUGAGCAGGAUGAUGAAGAUAAAUGGAAACCAAAACCAUUGCACAGGAAUCUUCAUUCUUCUGCUGUCAUGGGUGUUGCUGGUAUGCAGCAGAAGCAGAUUGUGUUAUCUGCAGGUGCAGACAAGAGAAUAUUUGGGUUUGAUGUUGGUGUAGGAAGAGCUGAUUUCAGUCAUCAGAUUGAUAGUAAAUGCAUGAGUGUCGUUCCCAAUCCAUGUGACUUCAACUUGUUUAUGGUUCAAACAGGGACUCACGAGAAGCAGCUUCGACUAUUUGAUAUUAGAUUGAGGCGGACAGAACUUCAUGCUUUUGGGUGGAAGCAGGACAGCAGUGAAUCCCAAUCAGCUCUGAUAAACCAGGCCUGGUCUCCUGACGGCCUUUAUAUAACAUCUGGUUCGGCGGAUCCUGUAAUUCAUAUAUUUGAUAUAAGAUAUAAUAUUAACAAGCCUUCCCAAUCUAUAAGAGCUCACAAUAAACGAGUCUUCGGAGCCAUGUGGCUUCAGUCUAUUCCUCUUCUCAUAUCCAUAUCAUCUGAUCUCAACAUUGGGUUGCACAAGAUUUACUAG